GCCACUCCGAGUUAGAAAAUUAAAAUUAUUUAUUUCAGUAAGAUGUUUUUGUGCUAGAUAUUUUGGAUGGAUUAAGAGCUACCCGGCGGCAUUUUCAGGCGGCCAUGGAAGCUUGAUAACACUCGACGAGUCUACGCAUGCGUCUCAAAUUUCUCAAAUUCUUCAAUCAGACCUAAAAAAUAGAUUAUACGAGAGUUUGGUUUGCGCAGCACAGUUUGGACGAAUUGCAAGGGAAAGGAAUCAUACAAACGGAUUCCAAAACGGGGGCAGGGAGACAAAUCUGAUCCAAAACUCUGUUCUGAGAUGCCAAGUCCCCGUAACUUCUAAUUCCCUGAGUUGCUACACAUGGAUAAGCAAAGCACUCAUAGCCACAUAUUGGAUUAGUCCAUUGGUAUUGGUAUACAAGUUAAUUUUGAAGGCAGAAAUGAAUCAAGGAUUUGAUUUCCAAGGAAGAGGGGUCUGAUUAGAAGAGAAAAAUGAUCAAACCAGACGCUGUCCGUGUGAGUGAAGACAGUGGUCCGUAUGUUUCUGGAGCGGCAGUGAUCAACAUAGAGAAGAUCAACAGUGAGCGGCUACAGUCUGCAUUGAUCUCUGGACUUAAGGAGAAAGGAACUGAAGCCUGCCCAAAGUGCCGUAUGCAGAAGGUCUCCCCAUUGAUGAGACGGAACAAAAUGAAUGACAAGUACUUCGACCCCUCGGUGGUUUCCAUCGGACCUUAUCACCAUGGAAAGAAAGAGCUUGAAGUUGCAGAAGAACUGAAGCCUAAAGUCGCAUUGGGUUUCAUCUCUAGCAGUGGACGCCAAGCUCAUGAAUUCUAUAACAAGAUCUUAGAGGUGACAGGCGACAGCAGGAAAAGCUACCUCGAGAAUUCAAUUGGUUAUUAUGACAAUGAAGCAUUUACCAAUAUGAUGUUCCUUGAUGGCUGCUUUCUUCUGCAGUUUAUUGACAGCGUUGCUCAUGAUGAUUUUCGGUUUCUGGAUGUUUUUGUUAAAGAAUUAGGCUUGAAAGGUUUCAUAUCAUUCUUCGUGGACAUCAUUUUGCUGGAGAACCAACUGCCUUAUGCCAUUCUCAUGGCACUCAUGAGUGUAAAGGACCAGGAAAAUGAGAGGGAAAAAGUGAUCAUUAGUUUGGAAAAUCUUAUCACUAAGUUCCUAGAGCAGUUUAAUGCAACUGUAGAAAUGGUGAGGCUUGCAGGACGAAAUUAUAAUCAAAAACCAGCUGUUGAAGAACCCAUUCAUCUUCUGCAAUUGGUGCGCAGAAAAUUUAUUGGCAAGGGAGAAGGAAAAGAAAAUCAUGCACAUAAAAAUGACAAAUAUACAUAUUUUAACUCCGUCAGAUCAGCUUUGGAGCUCAAAGCAAAAGGGAUCCACUUUCAAUGCAGCAACACCAACUUUUUGGGAGACAUUACUUUCACUUCCAAUUACUGGAGCUGUUUUGGGAAGCUAAUGCUUCCUCGAAUUGUAAUCGACGAUGUAUCAGUGCAUCUCUUUCUAAAUAUGAUAGCAUAUGAAACAGCCCCAAACACAACAGAUGGUUUUGAGGUCUCUGCUUACAUCUAUUUUCUGGAUUCGCUAGUGGAUGGCGCUGAUGAUGUGAAAGAGCUGCGAUCGCGGAAGAUACUCAGCUCAUUUUCAUGUGAUGAAGCAGUGUCAAAAAUGAUUUAUUGCAUGGGUGCAGAGGCUUCGCCAGACUUGUCUACUGUUCCGAGUGUUAGUAAGAGGAUUCAGGACCACUAUAAUAGUCGGCUCAGGGCUUGGAUGGCGCAGGCGUGGCAUUAUUACUUCAGGAGCCCUUUGGCUGUUGUUGCACUGGUUGUGGCUGUUUUUGUUAUUUUUUUGACUUCUGCCCAGACUUAUUUCACGGUUUAUCCCCCUCAGGGCUAGUGGCUGUGUAUUAGUCGGAAGAAGAGUGUGGGCUUGAUGAGAUUGUCACUAACGGAAUUUGACAAUUGGAAGCCUGUGUGUAAGUCUAAUAUUAUUCUGCUAAUGAAAUAUUGGAGGCAUCUGUAUAGACGCACUUAAUUUGCUUGUAUGGUAGAAGCCUACAAGUUCUUAUUUUCUUUUAUUGUUAUACAACAAAAGUCUUGUAUGGUAUUUCUUCUGCAACAGAGAGUAUUAAGAAUUUUCUACAAGUUUAUAAAAUUUAAAUAAAAUUAAAAAAGUUGAGUUUGUAUU